AGUUGCACUUUUUUACUUAAACACUCAAGGCGUUUUGCGAACUCAAAUCAAAACUUUGAACUGUAAAACAACAAUUUGCAUCUAGUGACAAUUAAAAAUGAUACCGUUAUACUGAAAUGUCUUCCAACGUUCCAUCUGGGUCUUACAAAUUUUGUAUCACUUCAUAUACCCUGUUCGGGGAUAAAAAGAUGAAAUAUGAUGGACUAAAUACAAACAAAACCUCGGGUUCUAGGUGGGAGUCGGUAUAAUAGUAUAAAUAAACUCCACCAUCACUAAGCACCUUGACAUCGAAAAAAAGGAAAAUCUAAUUCAAAAUCGACUAGAACGGAUAUCAUCGUCUCUCAACUUCUCUUCUAAACGCGAACUAAAUCAACUUGACUAUAUUUGGUGAUAUUUAACUACAGGUGCGGUCGCCGACGAAUUCGCUCCUACAAAUCUUUAAAAUCUGGUAGCAGUCGCGAGGCAAAUAUUUGCCAACAAGGAACAAGGCAUUGCCAGAAUUUGGCUUCCAUUGAUCUUUUUUUAAGGGAGAUCCAUCCUUUUGUGAGAUCAUUUUAUUUUUUUAAACCAAACCAGGAUAUAACAUCGGCUAAAUCCGCAUAUGCAUUGAAUUGUACGUUGAAUAAUUUAGUGACGAUAUCUCAAAAGUCUACGUGAGUGGUGGAUCAUCGCACAAUUAUGGGCGCUCGUAAACUACUUCAUAUUUUGAAGCUGUCCGCUAAGCAACAGAGGGAGUUCGUCAACUCCUUCGAUGUCGUGUUGUGUGAUUGUGACGGUGUUAUGUGGCUGAUUUCAGCACCGCUUCCCAGGACGGGUGAAGCGGUGAAUGCACUAAAGGCGGAUGGCAAGCAAGUACUAUUUGUGUCCAAUAACAGUGUACGCUCAGAUGAAGAUUAUCGGAAAAAGUUCGUCGGAAUCGGAGUAAAAAAUUUUCGAAUAAACGACAUUAUGCACCCAGUGAAGGCUAUGUUGUACUAUUUGAAGAAGCAUAAUAUAAAGCAGCCGGUUUUCUCCUUAUGCAGCUCCUUCGGGAAUGACAAGCUUCGCAAUGCAGGCAUAGAUGUGAGAACUUUGGUCGCCAAUGAAGCCGUUACACCCGCCACUUUGGAAAGAAUCACAAAACCUGAACAAAAAAUGGGCGCUGUUUUGUAUGAUAUUAAUUUGGAGUUAACUUAUGCGCAAUUGGUGGCGGCCACACGAUAUCUUGCAGACAAGGACUGUCAGUUUAUUGCGGGUGGCCUAGAUCGCACGUUACCGAUGACCAGGGAGAUAAUGAUGCCAGGAUUUUGCGAUUUCCUCGACACGAUUAGCAGCUUCACGCGACGCGAGCCGACAAUAGUUAGCAAACCGGCGCUUUUGCUUGGGGAAAUUUUGAAGGACGUCUAUAGAUUGACGGAACCCAGUCGUUGCCUAUUUAUUGGCGAUUCACUGAAGAACGAUGUAGGCUUCGGGCGCGACUGUGGCUUCCAAACAUUGCUCGUACUGAGCGGCACAACUUGCAUUGAAGAAAUGUGGCAAGCAAGUGCAAAGGAACGGCCUCAUUAUUAUGCGGACCGUAUAGCGGAUUUUAUAGAAUUAUAUGCUAAUAUAAACAAAAAAUGUUAAGUGAUUUUUCCUUAAAAGGAAUAAUUUUUAGCUAAUAGUGUUGAGUGUUUGGUAACAAUUUUUGUAUUAACUUAAAAGAUAAUAUUCCUUGGAAAAUUAUACUUCCUACUUUAUAU